UCCUGGAGGGGCGGGCCCGAGGCGGGGCUUGGGCCGGAGCUGCACCUGAACCUGCGCUGGGGAGCGGGGCUGAGAGGAGUUUUAGUCCCUGCGGGAGUACCUUCUACCGUGUGGGUUGGAGCUGGAGACAGCCACAGCCGAGUCCCUCGGGUUCGGGAACCUGUAGCCCCGCUCUCCACGCGUCCCCGCCCCCCGUGGCCCUGGCCCCGGCCAUGAAGCGCUUCUUCUCCUGCUCCAGCUCACAGGUGGCGGUGGAGAGAUGGAACCGCCGUGAUCAGAAGCUGCUGGAGGCGGUGCAGCGGGGGGAUGUGGGACGCGUGGCUGCCCUGGCCUCGAGGAAGUCAGCCCGGCCCACCAAGCUGAACUCGAAUGGCCAGUCCCCGUUCCAUCUGGCAGCCUCCAAAGGCCUGACAGAAUGUCUAACUAUACUGCUUGCGAACGGGGCUGACAUCAACAGCAAGAAUGAGGAUGGAAGCACGGCCCUGCACCUGGCCACCAUCUCCUGUCAGCCACAGUGUGUCAAAGUUCUGCUGCAGCAUGGCGCCAACGAAGAUGCUGUGGAUGCAGAAAAUCGUAGUCCGUUGCACUGGGCAGCCUCCUCUGGCUGUGCCUCCAGUGUGCUCCUGCUGUGUGACCAUGAAGCCUUCCUGGAUGUCCUGGAUAAUGACGGACGGACACCCCUGAUGAUUGCAUCACUGGGGGGUCAUGCAGCUAUCUGCUCACAGCUACUACAGAGAGGUGCCCGAGUUAAUGUCACAGACAAGGAUGACAAAUCGGCUCUGAUCCUGGCCUGUGAGAAAGGCAGCGCCGAGGUAGCAGAACUGCUCCUGAGCCAUGGGGCAGACGCAGGGGCAAUGGAUGGCACAGGGCACGACGCUCUGCAUUAUGCUCUUCGCACUCAAGACAAAGUGUUGUGUCGGCUGCUGCGGCAGGCUCUGAACCGGCGGGGGCAGCGGGGAGGUCAGGGGCUUGUUCAACAUCCAGAUCUUGCAUCCCAGGCCUCCUCAUCUGAGCCUCACAUGGGUUCUCCACCUAAGAGCCCAUGGAGAGCAGAGCCCGAGGAGGAGCAGGAGGAAGAGGAAGAGGAGGAAGACCCAUACCCAGAUGAGUGGAGGUGGAAGUAUGAAGAGGAGCAGAGGAAGGUUUCUCAGUUGGAGCAGGAGCUGGUGCAAAAGACUGAAGAGGCGAAAACUCAGGCUGCAGCCUACCUGGGCCUGGAGAACCAGAUUCGAGAGCAGGUGCAGGAGCUGGGGCUCCUCCUAGCUCAAGAGCCUGGAGCUCCCGGAGGGCAGGGCUCUAGUCUUCGGCCUGGAGGAGAUGGAAUGGAACAGGGCUGUCCCUUGGGCCUGCUGGCCAAGCGCAUUCAAGAGCUAAGGAAACAGCAGCAGGCAGCAGCCGCAGUGGCAACCAAGCCAGCAUUAGCUCCUAAGAAGGCUGAGGAUUUAGCCUCGGGGGGCAUUCAGCAUGAAGCCCAAGGAAGGCUCCAGCCAGAAGAACAAGAGCCACCCCAGAGCCUAAGGUGUGAGACCGCUGGGAAAGCCACAGGACAGCAGCUGAGUGCCAAUGGUGGACAGGCCCUUGGCGGGGAUGGUACUGAUGAGCCAUCGGCUGGUCAGAAAGAGAAGCCCCAGGCCCCUGGGGCUGACCCGAUAGGCACAGCGGCUGAACCCAUGGGCCCAGCAGCCAUGAAUCAGCUCCUUGUACAGCUGAGGGAGGAGGUGGCUGCCGUGUGGCGAGAAAAGGAUGCUGCCCGGGGGGCUUUGUCAAGACCAGUCCUGGAGGGGGCUCUGGGGACACCCCAGGUGGAGGCUGCAGCCGCUGCCUGGGAGAAGAUGGAGGCCAGGCUAGAGCAGGUGCUGGUGAGGCUGGAUCGGGCAAAGGCAGGAUUACAGGGCAAACCUCAGGCCCCUGCCCAGGAGCCCAGAGAGGGAGCCCCAAAGGCAGGCCUGGUGAUCAUCACCAAAGAGAAUGAAGGGAAGGAGAAGAAGGCUCCUGGGGCCCGGGGAGAGCCUUUGGGGGCCCCUGGAGGGGAACGGCUACCCGGAGGCUGUCCGGCUAAGGGCCAGCUGGAGAAGGAGGUAGCAGCACUGAGACGGAGCAAUAGCAACUUGCUGGAGGAGCUGGGGGAGUUGGGGCAGGAGAGGCAGCGGUUGCAGGGGGAGUUGCAGUCUCUGAGCCAGCGGCUCCAGCGGGAUUUCGUUCCCAAGCCAGAGGCGCAGGUCCAGCUGCAGCAGUUGCGGCGGAGUGUGGGGCUGCUGACGGACGAACUGGCCAUGGAGAAGGAGGCCACCGAGAAACUGCGGAAGCGUCUGGCCUCCCAGAGCAGUGGCCUCCAAGGGCUGUGGAACUACCUGCCACCAGACCUGGUGGGCAAGGGGAGUGCUGGGCGCACAGCGGGCGAGCCCCUGGAGGAGCUGCAGGCCUGCAUCAGCACCCUGGUGGAGCAGCACCGCGAGGCCCAGAAGGGGCUGGCUCUCCUGGAGGAGGAAAACCAGCAGCUGCGGGGGACCCUGGCCCCAUGCGGGGAGCCGGGCACCUUGUCAGAAGCCCCCGCACCGCCCCAGGUGGCGGCUCUGGAGCAAGACCUGGGGAAGCUGGAGGAAGAGCUGCGGGCCGUCCAGGCCACGAUGAGCGGGAAGAGCCAGGAGAUCGGGAAGCUGAAGCAGCUGCUCUACCAGGCCACCGAGGAAGUGGCCGAGCUGCGGGCCCGGGAGGCUGCUAGCCUGCGGCAGCACGAGAAAACGCGCGGUUCGCUGGUGGCCCAGGCUCAGGCGUGGGGCCAGGAGCUGAAGGCCCUGCUAGAAAAGUAUAACACAGCGUGCCGGGAGAUGGCUCGCCUGCGCCAGGCGGUGGCGGAGGAGCGGCGGCGGAGCGGGGACCUGGCCACACGCGCGGCGGAGCAGGAGCGCCAGGCAGGCGAGCUGCGCGCGCGCUCCCAGCAGUUUGAGCAAACAGCUGAGCAGUUCAAAGAUAAGGUGGACCAUCUCAUUGGGGCUUGCCGGGACAAGGAGGCCAAGAUCAAGGAAUUGUUGAAGAAGCUGGAGCAGCUUUCAGAGGAGGUCUUAGCUGUUCGGGGAGAAAAUGCUCGCCUUGCCCUACAGCUUCAGGAUUCCCAGAAGAAUCACGACGAGAUCAUCUCCACCUAUAGGAACCAUCUGCUGAAUGCUGCACAGGGCUACAUGGAACAAGAUGUGUACAAUAUUUUGCUGCGUAUCCUCAGCAUCCAGGAGGAGUGAGACAGCCAUGCCCUGAGGGAUGUGCGAUUUCUCUGUGGGAGUAAGAGCGUCCCUGGUCGCCAGAGGCUCCACCAGGUUGGGGAGGAGGAAGGGGCAGUUGGUGGGGAUGGGUGGGUGGGGUUUCACCUGACAUUAUGGAUCCCAGACCUGAAAACCUGAAGCCUGGAGUCAGCACUAAUGAGACCAGAGGAGGGGGCACAUGGAGGCCAGCUCUAUGGAAAAUAAAGCAGGAGGCAUGUAGUGUUGGAUGUCCUGGUUUUCUCUGCUUAAAGGGGAGUGAGGGGAGGAAUCUUUCUCAUUCUCAUUCCCCCCCCCCUUUUUUUAAAAUCACAAAUCGCUCCAAAAGUCUGCAGCUUUCAAACUUGGAUUAUGAUCCACAGUAAGAAAUACACUUUGUAUCAUAGUGCGUAUAUCUGAAAUAGUAAUUACCCUUACUCUUUUCACUCUAUGAUUGUCUCUGCUGUUACACUUCAGCAAAAAAAUAUUGCUCACAAUACAUCCACAAAUGGGCCAAGAUUCAUGAUUGAGAAACAGCUCUCUGUGAAAAUGGAGAUGGACACUCUUUCUCUUUCUCAAAUCUGGCUCUAAUCUUUUUUCUCCAUCUUGAGAUUCCUGCGUCCACUAUCUUUUUUAAGAAGGAGAAAUUGAGAGACCUGGAUUUCCUUCAAGCUGUACAAUCUAAAAUAUUUGAUCCUGUGUCAUACCCUGCAUCUAGAUCUGAGGCACAAAGACUCACAUGGUCUGUGUUCUUUGCCCAGGUACAAAGUGAUGUGAAAAGUCAGAUUCCUGGGAAAGGGAGGAAGGGAUACUCAGAGCUGGCUUCUUCCCUCCACUUCUGUUAGACUUUAAAAAAUGUAUCUCUGUUGCCCACUUCCCAUGGGCCUCCUCCCCUUCCUGUCCCUCCACUCGCCAGACUGCUAGGUGAGAGAGAGGCAGCGAAUUCCUCCCCAUCUGGAACUGCGGUUUAGAUUCCCCCCUGGUCCUUCUCCCAGCCUGCCCCCUGCUGGGUUUUGCUGUGUAGGAGGACUCGGUUUUGGCCUUAGAGAGCCACACUGGGUUGGAAGGAGAGUGGGGAGGGGCUGCCUUGGAAGACAGGGACCACCCCAGGGCUGUAGGGGGGGUUGGCCCAGAAGAGAGCAGCUGUGUAGAUUGCAUCCUAGAGAAGAUGAGGACAAGCUUUGGGAUUUGUAUGGACGGGCACAGGACUGCUUUAAAGCAGGAAGAAUGGAGACAGGAGAGGUUGAUGGGGAAAGAGAGGGUACAGCUGCUGGAAGAAGGGCAUCAAAAGAUCCAAGUUCCCCAUGAAGGGGAACAGAUCCUCUCUUUCCCUUCUUGCUCUUUGAGUUACCAAAGAAUAUAAAAGGACUAUUACAAUCAUUAUUUAUGGAGUGCGGGGUGGGAAGAAUGAAAAAAUUGCUUAGAGAGAGAGAGAGAGAGGGAGAGAUCCACACAGGCGGAGAGUGUUUGGCUAACUUUAAGUGUGAGUUAGAAGGCAGCUUUAGUAGUGGAAACUGAUCUCAGGAUGGCUGAGCUAUGGGAAUGGUCAGUGGUGAGAAUACUAACACAGGAUGGAAUGUUCCCAGCCCCUGGCCUUUCCAAACAGUCUCCCUCUGUAUAACCCCAUGAACUCUUACCCCAACAACCCCAAGGCCUGAAAUUUUCCUUGAUUUCAUAAACAAAUCUUUGUUUCCUAAAGUAACUCUAGUCCUACUGUUCUCCCCAUUCCUCCUAGGAGGGACUUAGGUAGGUACUUCCUACUCCUUUUUCUCUUCCUUGUUCCUCAGGCUUCAGAUAUAAGAGUAUAUGGGUGAGUGUAGGUGAAGCGUGGUCGCCACGAUGGGGUCAGACUGUAUCUUUGAAUGCCUCCCAUCAGAACAUGGUCCUAAUUUGUAGUUUCCCUCCUUUAUCAGAUAACAAUUCAUUAAACUGACAUUGAACGAGUCUACUAUGGGCCAGGCACUGGGGAUAGAGAGUGAGCAUCACAGAAAAAAUUCUUGUCCUUGCCAAGCUGGGAUACAGGAUCAAAUUCAGGCACCCUGUUUCCUACUUUAUGUUAUCCUGGAGGGGUGCUGGAACUUAUAACCUCAAAUUAACUAUUAAAGGAGAUCCCUUCUUUAUCCCUCCUUUAUGAAACCACUAAGAUUCAAGGUGAGGUUUACUUUUUUUCUUUUACAUUUUUACAGCUUUAAUGAGUUAUGAUAAUUGACAUUCAAUAAACUGCAAGUACUUUGAUAAGUUUUGACACAUGUGUAUACCCAUAAAACCAUCACACAAUCAAGGUAAUGAACAUGUCUAUCACUCCAGAGAAUACCCCCCCUUUUAAAAAAAAAAUCCUCUCUAUCCUCCUCCUCUCCAAUCACUGAAAAUUCUAGAAGAUAAAAACUAAUCCAUAGUAACUUUGGACCUAGAGGUCUGAACAGAACAAAAGCUUGGGGCCUGAUGAAGACAGUUGGGUUUUAGAACUGAAUACUUGAGCUUGAAUUUAGCUUUAAGUCCCACCAUUGCUGGAAGCAAAGCAUCAGGGAAAGAACCUGAGUGUCAUGGGAAGGUGCAGAUCUUCCCCAGGGAUACAAGCCACAGAGUAGCUGGGCAUGGUCCAAUUCAGCAGGUACCUGGGGGUAUUGCCGGGCUGGUACCUUCAUUCUUGCGGCUUGGAAGGGGUCUCAUGGGAAGGAUUAUACUGAAGGUUUAAGCUAAAUGAGAGGGUAAUUCAUAUUAUUUAUGAUUAUUUUUAUGACAAUUACAGGUUUAACUGUCUUGUUGCCACUGCUAGAUAGAGAGCUCCUGCAAGGCUUUUUAUGUCCUCAGCACCUAACAAUCUCUGAACAGCAUUCUAAUGUUUGUUGAACAAAUGACAUUAUUGCUUCUGUCCCAGCCACUAACUAUAAAAUGUUAUGAGUUUUUCCAGUAGGUAGGUUGGGUAAACGGCCCUAAAAUUGGUGCUUUCAUGGUACCUGCAUGUGAGUGAUGAGCUUGGUUGAGAAAGGGGUCUCUGGAAGGUCAAAGGCUUUGGAAGAAGAGCAGGCAGUUCAGAGGGGAGCAGAAAGAUGAAUAUUGAGGGUAAGGAAACCCCCCCCCCCUCUGUUCACCUUCAGCUACACCAAAGGCGUGGGGUCUCUGGUGACGUUCUAUUUGGGGUAGGAGGAUGGGGGACCACAGGUAGAGUUGGCGCUUAGGUACACUUUGGAUUCUCGAAGCCCAGGCUUUCUCCUAGGCAGAAGAGCCUCAUUUCAAGUAGGAACCUCCAACUGCGGGCAGAUCCCCGUCCAUCCGGCCACAUUUGCAGCAGGACUCCACCCCAGGCGGGCGAGAAUGAAGAGAUCCAAGAACGU